AUGACAAUCCCCAAGCUCAUCAUCAUCAUCAUCAUCAUCCUCUCUGUGUUCUUCACAAAACCAAUUCAAUCAACAACACAUUUCAUCAAAUCAACAACAAACGACACCGCUCCAAAACAAUACUUCGAAGUCACCCACCCACUCCCCACCGACAACGUCACUCCGUCAUGCUCCGUCAACCUACUCAACCACACAUUUUCAAACACCACUAACAGUUCUUCCGUCACCGUUAACUACACAACACCACCUGACACAUGUAACUGGUCCGUUGCCAUCCUCCAGUUCCAAGCCGAAUGUAAAGACGAGCAGUACGACCGUAUUGCCGGAAUCUGGAUCGACGGCGUAGAGCUGUUGCGAACGAGUACGGCCCAACCGACUGAGAAUGGAAGCUUCUGGAAUGUUCGGAAGGAUGUGAGUAGGUAUUCUUCGGUUAUUUCUCAGUCUAAUCUCACACUCACUGUCAUGCUUCAAAACCUAGUUAACGACGAGUUCACCGGCGUUUACGACGUUAAUAUCACUUUGCUUUUUUACUCUACUUCCGUUAGAGUUCCGUUAUCCAUAGUCUCGGAAAUUCAUACCUCUCCAAGUAGUAGAAAACUGAUUUCUGUUGAAAAUGAUCAGGAAUUUGGAGAGGAGUUCUAUAGCAAUUUAGCAUUACAAUUGUUAUAUCCGUAUAAUAAGCCUGCUGAUUCGAUCGUACCGAUAUCUGCAUCUGGUGGUGUUAAUGAGAGUUUUUGGUUUAGAAUUGAAGAUGAAUUUGAUGUUAAGACUCAAAAAGUUAAAAUAUCUAAUAAAACAUACAAAGCAGUGCUGGAAUUGUAUGUAUCUUUUCAUGGAAAUGAUGAAUCCUGGUACAUGAAUCCUUCGGAUUCAUAUGUAGAAACCAACCAUUUGUCGACCGGACAAGCUCACGGUGCAUACCGUGAAGUUUUGGUGACGAUAGACGGGAAAUUAGUCGGGGCUGUGGUUCCUUUUCCGGUUAUAUCCACCCGUGGAAUUAAUCGGCUGUUUUGGGAUCCGGUUGUGUCGAUUGGAGCUUUUAAUCUUCCGUCUUAUGAUAUAGAUUUGACUCCAUUUCUAGGGCUUCUUUUGGAUGAUAAGAAUCAUACAAUUGGGAUUAAAAUUGCUGACGGUAUUUCAUUUUGGCUUGUGGAUGCAAAUCUGCAUCUUUGGUUUGAUAAGUCGAAUGUUGUUAAAGCGAAGACUCUGAAGUCGAAUGUCCCGACAAUGGAGGUUCAACGUAGCACUAAUUUCGAACUUCUUGAUGGAGAGUUCGAGAUACAGGGAGAACGAGAGAGUAAAGUUACUGGUUGGGUGUAUUCAAGCGCGGGCAAUCUUCAAACUCAAUGUACAGAAAAGAUCAAGUUCAAGAGCAAACUUAAGUAUAAAGAGCAAGGUACCAAGAAAGAAGUUGAUCAGAGGUACAAAAGGAAAACUAGAAUCAAGAUCACAAAUGAAGUUGGUAAGGUGGUUGACAGUUUAGAAGUGAAAUUUAAGUAUCCUUUGAAGAUCUCCAUUGAAACGAAGCCUGGAUUAGACAUUGAUACCUCUGUGAUGACAACAAAAGUGGUGCAAGAACGGAGCGAGCGGUUUUAUGGUGGUAAAGAGUUGAUGGUUUUGAGCCACAAACAGAAUUGUACUGGUUUGGUGGUGGUGAAGGGUAGUUUUGUGCUGUCGGGUUCGGCAGAAACUCAACAGAAUUACAAUUAUAACAAUGGUCGUGGUUGUUAUUCUCGAAUGGUUGAUGUGGUGGGUGGUGUUGUUGUUGGGGAUGAUACGAGCUCGAUUUGUGUCUCAGAUGUCGAUUGGUAG